AUCCAUGCAGCUGUCUGCACCGGCUCCGUACCUGAAGCGUUCAUUUACGCUUCAAGUCUAUUUCCCUCCGUUUUACGCGCGUCACGACAGUCAUACACAUUGGGUUCUGAGUGCUUCCAACAUGCAGGUGACCUACGCUCAAUACUGCACCUGAACGCCUCCAGUAUAGACACACCGACGGAGCGCUCGCUGCAGCCCUGCUGACGUGCUCCUCACGCUGUCUAGACACGGCGUUAGAAUAACCUGGGAACACACCGGGGCCCUCAGGUGUUCCAAGUUAGCUAACGAGCACCCGCAGAGAACAGACAAGACAGGUGACUCACACAGAUAACGGGGUCAUCACUCAAGAGCGCUCCUCUUCUUACUUACAUAAGAAAAAGAAAUAUUUACAUGACUGAACAUUAUGUAUUAUGCACCCACAUACAGGGUGACUUCACCUGGAACAGUGUUUCAGGACGUCGCGUUGGCCUGAAGCCCGUCCCCCUGCAAAGCCUCUCAGAGUUGGAAAGGGUUCGUCUCCAGGAUGUGGCCUUCAGGCGACUGCUUCAGGAUCGCGACCUUGGCUGCCACAUCACCAUCCCUAAAUAUGGCCACAAGCAUAAGAAGUCACUUAUGCGGAAGUUGGAUUCAUUAUCUAAAGAGAAGAGUAAAGACAAAGAGACUACGCCCCAGGCGUUUGGCAUACCUCUGUCGCAGGUCAUAUCCAACGACCACACACACAAGCAGAGGCAUGAUCCCCCGCGGGAGGAGCACAGUGACCCCACUGAAUUGAUGCUAUCCUUCCUGCACCUCAAUUCCAACUUCAAGAGGGCCAAUAAAGAGCAGCUGUCCAGCAGCAACUCGUCCCUGAGCUCCACUUCUGAGACACCCAAUGAAUCACCUCUGCUCAGCAUACCAAUCGUAGCCCCACGGACACGCAGGAGGGGCGGGGUGUCUGUGGAUUGCAUCACUGACCUUGAUGAUAACCAGUCUUGUCUCUUGGAGGCCCUCCAGCUGUCCCUGCCAGCAGAGGCAGCAGGCAACAGGAAGAAGCGCCACGACAAAAAGCUGAGCCUUAACCCUAUUUACAGACAGGUGCCCAGGGUUGUGGAUGUCUGCUGCCAGCACCUGGAAAAAUACGGCCUACAGACGGUUGGAAUUUUUCGUGUUGGGAGUUCAAAGAAGAGAGUACGACAGCUUCGUGAGGAGUUUGAUCAGGGAUGGGAGGUACAUUUGGAUGAGGAGCACAGUGUCCACGAUGUAGCUGCUUUGCUAAAAGAAUUCCUCAGAGACAUGCCUGACCCACUGCUGACAAGAGAACUCUACACAGCCUUCAUCAACACAAUGUUGCUGGAUUAUUCAGACCAAGAGUGCGCCAUCCAGCUCCUGAUGUUUUUGCUUCCUCCCUGUAACUGUGACACGCUGCAGCGCCUCCUCUGCCUGUUGUCCACUGUGGCUGCACAUGCUGAGGACAUCCUGGACAAGGAGGGACAUGAGAUGACAGGAAACAAGAUGACAUCACUAAAUUUAGCCACCAUCUUUGGACCCAACCUCUUACACAAGCAAAAAAACUCUGACAAAGAGUUUGCCGUUGAGAGUUUUGCCCGUGCAGAGGAGAGUGCAGCCAUCAUCAGCGUGGUCCAAAGGAUGAUCAAUACAUAUGAUACGCUUUUUAUGGUUCCUGCAGACCUGCAGAAUGAGGUGCUGAUGAGUUUGCUAGACACUGAUCCUGAUGUUGUGGAUUACUUACUGCGGAGGAAGGCCUCUCAGUAUUCAGAUUCAGGCAUUCUCAGACCAGAUAAGCCCUUCUCUUUGACUGAUAGACACUUAUCCAAUGACUCCAUCAAAGCAUCUAGUGGGGAGGUGUCUCCCUAUGACAAUAACUCCCCUGUUCUGUCAGAUCGACUGCUGUCCACUGCCGACAGUAGUCCACGCUCAGACGGGAUCACCGGACUUUCAGGGCAAUACAAAUUCAGUGGCCACUCAAAAGAAGGAUCUGGCAACACCUCUCCUGUAUUGUCUACAUAUAAAGAGGGCUCAACUGAUAAUUUGUGGGAUGCCUGGCAUGAACUGUUCAACAAGGAUUUUACCGGCCAUCGCAUCACUGGCUCCCUUGGAGACAUGUCAGAAUGUGAGUCGUAUGGAUCAUCUGAGGGGCUGAGCAGUCACCAAGGUAACAACAAGCUGCUCAUCAGACCAACGCAAACCUCAUUGGGUGGUUUGGAAUACAUGCCGCACCUCCCGGUGACUCGCAGCAGCAGCGGCCCUCAUGACCAGAGAGGACAGAGACAACCAGAAUCAUCAUUACAUCAGGGACUGAGCGGCCAAUCAGGAGCCCUCAGCUCGGACAAUUUAGCAGAAAGGACAGGACACCCAGUUGGUCCGUUCCAUAAGGUCAGAAGAGAUAGUUUGUCCUCUCUUCACUACUCCGGACCUCUAAGGGAGACUCAUAUUUCUCAUUCCACACCCUCCAUCUUCUCGUAUCAGCACAACCCCCAAACCACACAACAAUCCCAACAGAGCAACACCCCCAAAAUUGAAGAUACUGCAGAUGCCUCUGGACAAGAAAAAGGCUCCAGUACACCGAACUUGCAGACAGAGAGAUGGCAUAUAUGGCCGAUUCUGUCAAAAGACAAUACAGAUGCCCUGCCAGAAACCUUGGUGUGAUGCACCUUUGGCUCUGUGAGCUACACUGAAGAUAACUUUUAGAGAAAGAGGUAGUUCUCCCGUCAUACAGUAUCAUCAGUUGCUGAGAUGCUAUCUGUUUGUUGUUCUAGUGGAUGUAUCUAAUUGAUAAACUGUGUUGAUAAACUGUGUUCUGGUGAUGGAACUGUUUCGUAGAUGUGUUGUCAUUGAUAUUUGGCUGUACCGUAAACUAUGUUACUAUAUAUAUAUUAUACUUAUAU